AUUAUCUUCGCUGCCUGAAGAUUCCAAUGCUACAACAUUCCCAAACACCGUUCAAUUUUCGGAAAGAAGACUGAAAGCGCUCGAUCGACCGACAAAUUCAUUGAUACAACAUGCCUGACUUCAAGGAUCGAGAAAAGGUGUUGGAGAACGAGUACAUCCGAAAGAGAGAAGCAGAGAAGGCUGCCGCAUACAAAAGCCAGCAAGAGGCUCAGAGUUCGGGCAAAAGUGCUGCUACCACAAACCCUUCAUCCUUGAAUUCGGCCCAAGCAUCUAACGCAUCACUGAAGUAGCAGUGGCAAAGAUGAAUUGCAAGGUCGAGUUGGGUUCAACUGUGGUGGAACGAAACACCCGCUGCAUGGAAUUUGGCGACCUCGAUGUACGAUGAUACAUAAUGUUUUGGAGGACGAGGAUAUGAGACAAUGUUAUAUAUAGCAAAUACAGUUCAAAUCCCAGUAGCACUGAGUUUUCCUUAAGCCACAGACAAACGGUAUAAAC